GUCUGGGCUUCAUUGCAAAUUCACGUCCGACCCUCAUGAGUCUACAAGCUUUCUGUCGGAUAAGCCAGCAGUCCCAUUUCUGAGAGGAUUACUUUGAAAACAGUCGCCUGUGUGGAGGAACAUGCUUAUCUCAGCAAGCUUUAACUGAAAGAGGCAGAGCGGAGAUGAAAAUGAGCAGGUAGCUGAAGUUCUUUACGGCUGUUUUAAUUUUUUACCUCCUGAUAGGAGCGUUAUGUGGAGUCCAGCGGGCUCUUUGCCAUUGCUGGGAAGGCGACGCCUGGAUAAGGAAAAGCUACCAGAAACUGACUGUUAAAAAUCCUCAAUUCACCGAAUUAUUUUGGAGAAAUAAUGGCUGUUUUACAGUCUUCUCUUCGCAUUCAGGCAGCGUGUGUCCUGUUUAUGCUCUUCCAGCUUUGGGACUGCAGCGAAGGCUCAGCAUCCCAGACGUCUCAGUUCUCCUCGUACGAAGUGAGCAUACCAAAGCGCAUCAACAGACAGAGGAGAGAGCAGGAUGCUGCAGUAGCCAACAAGGUGUCCUAUAUUAUCCCAGCCCAGGGGAAAGAGCAUGUUGUCAUCCUGGAGAAGAAUAACUUGCUCCUGCCAGAUGACUUCACUGUGUUUUCUUACGCCAAGGACGGCUCGCUGGUCACAGAAAGGCCCAACAUGAAGGAUCACUGCCAUUACCAAGGUUAUGUGGAGGAUAUCGAGGGCUCUUCAGCUGCUCUGAGCCUGUGCUCUGGGUUACGGGGUGUGAUCCACUUGGAGAACACUAGUUUAGGCAUUGAGCCUUUGCAGGGCUCUGUACACAACGAGCACCUGGUUUACCGGCUGGAGGACGUAAAGGCAGAACCUCUGACGUGUGGAACACCCCACUCUGAUCAUACGGACCACCAGUCGUCACCAGAACACACAGAGAGCAGCCACACCCAUGACAUCGCUCCUGGGCUACCUGUCAGUCAUCUGAUCAGGAAAAAGAGGGCAAUAAUGCACCAGACACAUUAUGUGGAGCUUGUGCUCGUGGUGGACGUGGAAAGAUAUAACUACACUAACAGGAACCAUACGGCUGUGAGAGAAGAGAUGGUGCAGCUCGCCAACUAUGUUGACAGUAUGUACAUUCCACUGAAUAUCCGUGUGGUGUUAGUGGGGUUGGAGAUCUGGUCAGUGAUGAACCCCAUAAAUACAGUGGGCAGUGCGGGUGAAGUCCUCGGCAGGUUCACUCAGUGGAGGGAAAAGGAGCUGGUGCCCCGGCGUCGCCAUGACAGUGCUCAGCUUAUCCUGAAGAAGGGUUUUGGAGGAACAGCGGGGAUGGCAUUUGUGGGAACAGCCUGCUCAAGGAGUCAUGGGGGCGGGAUCAAUGCGUUCACCAAUAAAAACGUGAUGUCAUUCGCCUCUAUCGUGGCUCAUGAGCUGGGGCACAACCUGGGGAUGAACCACGAUGACGGGCGAUCAUGCAAAUGUGACGUGGGCAACUGCAUCAUGAACUCAGGGGCAACUGGCUCUCAGAACUUCAGUAGCUGCAGCGCGGAUGAUUUCGAGAAGAUGAUUCUAAAUGCUGGUGGGAGAUGCCUGCUGAACAUCCCACGUCCAGACGAGGCAUACAGUGCCCCCUUCUGUGGCAACAAGCUGGUGGACGUGGGAGAAGAGUGCGACUGUGGCUCUGAGGAAGAGUGUAGGAAGGAUCCCUGCUGUGAGCCCAAGACUUGUAAGCUUCGAGCUGGAGCAGAGUGUGCCUUCGGAGUCUGCUGCAAACACUGCAGGUUUCUUCCUGGUGGCACUGUGUGCAGGAGCAGUACAGAUGAGUGUGAUCUGGCUGAGUAUUGUAACGGGUCUUCAUCUCUGUGUCAGAGUGACGUUUUUAAACAGAACGGCCAUCCAUGCAAACAGGACCAGGCCUACUGCUACAACGGCCAGUGCCAGCACUACGACACCCAGUGCCAGGCCAUAUUCGGACCCAAGGCGAGGGUUGCUCCUGAGGCUUGCUUUAAGGAUGUCAAUUCGAAAGGUGACCGCUUUGGAAACUGUGGCUACCAAAGCUAUGGCUUUAAGAGAUGUGAGAGCAGGAAUGCCAUGUGUGGCAAGCUGCAGUGUAAGAAUGUUCAGUCUAAUGUUAUAUUUGGCAUCAAGCCCUCCAUCAUCCAGACUCCAGAAAUUGGAGGAACCACAUGCUGGGGGGUAGAUUUCUUGUUGGGUUCGGACGUCCCUGACCCAGGCAUGGUCAACGAGGGCACCAAGUGUGGAGACAACAAGGUUUGCAUGAACUUUGAAUGCAGAAGUGCAGACGUGCUGAACUAUGACUGCGAUGUACAAAAUAAAUGCCACGGCCAUGGGGUGUGUAACAGCAAUAAAAACUGCCAUUGUGACAAUGGCUGGGAACCGCCAUUUUGUGAAAAAGCAGGAUAUGGUGGUAGCAUAGAUAGUGGACCAACUUGGAAUGAUAAAGACACCUCUACAAGAGAUGGUCUUCUGGUCUUCUUCUUCCUGGUUCUUCCUCUCUUAGCUCUGGGACUCUUCGCCUUCUUCAGGAGAAAUGAGCUUCAGCAGCGCUUCUGCCGGAAAAAACGUUCUCAGGGUUACGAAACGGACAGCAGGCCUCAGACCAAUAACAGCCGAACGCCUGCAAACCAGCGAGGAAACCCCAGCAGCAUAGUGAAAGAUGGACAUCAGGCUCAAUUAUUGCCACCUGAGGAGGUGGUUCAGACAAGCAAGACUUCAUCAGCAUCAGUGCCAGCGUACGCUACCAGACCACCACGUCCUGCAUUUACACGUCCACCCCCUCCUGCUGCUCAACUGCUGCCUCAGAGACCAGCUCCACCUCCCCCUGUAUAACACACACUACACACGUCCGGCCAGACAGGUGUGUGCAUGCUCGAGUGUGUGUAUGUGGGGGAGGCUAGGUGAUGUGUGUGAAAUGUGAGCGUUUGGGGGCGUGUCCAGGAGGAUUCAGCUGCUUACGCCACUCUGCCCUUCCUCGAUGGCUCCACCCCCCCCGCCCCCCCCCCCCUCCUGACCCACCAGCCCACUUUGUAACCCCUCAGCUUUGGAACAGUUGUCAGCUGUAGGUUACAGCUGCCGUUCUGCAAGGAACCUCCUGCAUUAUGUCACUGAGUACAAAGUGGGACCUUAGAAAACUUCACUGAUAUGGGUCCCCCUCCCCCCUGCACUUCUGAAUUUCAGCGUCUAUGGCAAAAACAAUCUUUUAUUUGUAUUAUUAUGACCAUGAAUUAUUUUAUGUGCUGUAAAGGACCAGGACCACUGCAACUGAUUGCACUUCAAUAAUAUUAACUGCAUAUAAGAAUGUAUAGAAACUUGCAGAACCCUUCUUAGAUAGACCUUUUUUUUGAAGUGUUGACAAAGAUUGAAUAUUAUUAUGAGUUUUGGAGACAUUGUUUUAUUGCAGUUAAUUUGAUGCAAGUUAUAUGAUUCUGAAAGGUUGUUACAGACGGCAACAAGCGUGGUUCAUUACAGAGAUAUUUACAUGAGAUGUCAAUGCAGUUUAUUGUUUUAUAUGGUUUUCAUAUAUACACAACACUGUACCACCUCAUAUCAUAACAGAUUUCGUAGCUAUGUUUUUGUUAGUAUUUUUUUCUUCUCAAAAUGCUACUUUUAAACAUAAUUACAUUAAUGUUCUUAGUCAAAAACAUUUGUCCAUCUUCAUUUAAGAGAUACAAGGUUUUUGUUACAGCAGUAUAUACAUAUACAGCUCCGGAAAAAAUGAAGAGACUACUACAGUUUCUAAAUUAGUUUCUUUAAUUUUACUAUUUAUAGGUAUAUAUUUGAGUAAAAUGAACUUUAUUGUUUUAUUCUAUAAACUACGCACAACAUGUCUCCCAAAGUACAAAUAAAAAUAUUGUCAUUUAGAGCAUUUAUUUGCAGAAAAUGAGAAACGGCUAAAAUAACAAAAAAGAUGCAGAGCUUUCAGACCUCAAAUAAUGCAAACAAAAAAGUUAAUAUUUAUAAAGUUUUAAGAGUUCAGAAAUCAAUAUUUGGUGGAAUAACCAUGUUUUUUAAUCACAGUUUUAAUGCAUCAUGGCAUGUUCUCCUCCACCAGUCUUACACACUGCUUUUGAAUAACUUUAUGCCACUCCUGGUGCAAAAUUUCAAGCAGUUCAGCUUGGUUUGAUGGUUUGUGAUCAUCCAACUUCCUUUUGAUUAUAUUCCAGAGAUUUUCAAUUUGAUAGAAUUAAAGAAACUUAAUAAUUUUUAGUGGUAUUUUAUUUUUUCCAGAACUGUAUAUAAAUAAGACUGUCAAAGUUAACUUGUCAAAUUACUAACACUGUUAUUUUUAUCCCUAUUAAAGGUCACUCUUUCUGUAGUUUAACCCUAAGCUGCUCCAUACGUGUAUAUUCUUUCAUUUAAACACAGCUUUUACAAAGUAUGUUUUAAAGAUAUACCUUUUGCAUCUUCAGCAGACUACUCUGAACAAAUCUCAACUCUCGACAGCCUUUAAUGUAACAAGGAUCCAUGUUUUGCAAAAAAACAAGUUACAUAGUGUAUACUGAGUACACCACCACCAUGUUUCUACACUCAUUGUCUUUGAGCUUAUCAACUGAGCCUCAAGCUGGGAUUGAGAUGGGUGUUAAACUAGAGAAAUACUCUAAUACUCUACUGUUAACAAUGUUAAAAAUAGUUGUUAAUAAUUUAACUUUGACCUGUCUUACAUGUUUUUUUUUUUAUCUAUAUAUGAUGCAUAUGUAUUAAUCGCUGUCACACAAAAAACCUUGUAUCUCCAAAUAAGCCAAUUUUACAGGGGAAGAAAAAUCUGAUGUUUCUAUGGUGGUCACUGUAAAAAGAUUUAAUUAAAACAUUUUGGAGCAUUUCCAUUAUAUAUCCUACUAUGAAGCCAUGUGAAAACUGCCAUAUUGUUAUAAUGGGAGAUUUGCCAAUUUCAUAGCGUACAUUAGUGAUUAAUGACACCAUUUUUAUGAACCUCGUUUUUGGUACACGUCACUCAAACACACAUCAAAGUGUAAAUCAAAGGUAAAUCAAUAAUUCCAUUCAGGUUUUUAGCACCACAUUGCUUCCUCUGAGGCAAAGUUCAACAAAAUGCAAUACGUUACACGUUCAACUCAGUGUACUUUAAUUACAGGCGAGGACACGUUCUAUUAUCUGUGUUUUCUGGCAUUGUUAUCUGUGUUUGCUUUGCGACUGUGUAAUCAAGUGCUUUAAACCCACAGCAGUAUAAUCACACCAUCCGUUUGUGACUUGUGUCCUGCAUUAAGUUCUACUGAACUUUUAUAUUUUACUUUUUGACAUUCACCAGGAUACUGUCCUUGGGUACCAAUCAGGUAUGAUUGUUGUGUCGUCGUGCAACCUUGAUUUCUUUUUUUCUUUUCUUUUCUCUUUCCUAGUUUUUUAAUAAGCCAUUAAUAUGACUCAGCUGUGUUUCAUACAUCUUCAAGGGCUACCUGACAUUGAGGCUGAUGAUACUCACUAUGCUACGUGUGGAAGAAAAACACGGUUCAUUGGGUGCAAAUCCAGCCAAUGCAAUAUCCUCCUCAGCGUAGCUCUCAGAGGAAUGUGUUUAAGAUAACAGCCUAAUAAACGGCUCCUCUGUGACAGCAGAUAUGCAGAUAAAUAAGUUUGACACACAAUGGAGAUGUAAUCCAGAGUGUGUUAUGUCACGCACACACACACAAACAUACAUACACUUUGCUCUGUUGAUUGACAUGCUCCUGCUGAUUUAUUAUUUUCUGGUUGUUGUGUUUAAAAAGCGCACUGAACAUGACUCGUCACUAAGACAACCCAUUAUGAGCAAAGUGCCAUAAGAUGUGUUCAGAAUAAUCUUGAGUAUUCUUUACAUCUUUUUUUGUUUUUCAUUAGUGUGAUAAUGUACACAUGUAUUAUACAUGUCAUCUGUAUUACUUGCCAGAAUGUCUAUGUCUAAUUCGAGUUGCUGUGUACUGAAGCCUAAAUGACUGAACUUUUAUUAUGAGUGAGCUGUUUUAUAGAUCCAUAUGUUUUUUUUUUUCUUUGUCUUUAUCUGAUAUGGUCUGAUUGCACUGUGUUCCCAAUUCUUCCAGGCCCUCUAGUGUUGCUUGAGUCACAAGUUGACCUAGAACCAUGUCAAGAGAAACUUACAAACGUAUCUAUAACGUGCAUGGAAGGGAACUGUGAGAUAUUACACCAAUGUUUCACAAUUAAAGUACAAGCUCAAGACUCUUUGCGCUUUGUGGUGUGUUGGUGAUGGUUUUGAUAUUGGUAUUGCAAAUGAUGAUAAUAAAAAUUACUGCUAUGUUUCUAUA